AUGUCCUCGUCUAACACAGGAUCUUCAACGACCGAGUCUGCCAACAAUCAAUCAUCAUCCAAGGGCUCCUCUAGAUCAGCAAAUCUUUUGGUUGUUCAGCUGUCACAAGUAAUUGAAGGAGAAGAGCAGAUAGUUGCGAAUCUAACUAUCAAUUUCCCAUCCAACAAAUCGGUGAUUUCGAGGACUGGAGCCGAUGUGUUGCGUAAUCAGAUCAAUGACGUUGUGAAGAAAUUCAUUGUGGAUCCUACAAAUUUUAUUGAACCGAAAGAUAAAAAGGAUGUUUCAACACAAACAUUUCAUGUCCCGACACCAAUUACGGAAACUGCAGAAGCCGAUGAGAACCAAGAGAGAAUACAGUCGGCUACAGUUUCAAAUGAGUUGAACUUUGAGCCUCUCGUGGUGAAGUUUGAGAUCUUUGCACCAAACAAGCACGAAAAUAUUGAUUAUGUGAUGCCCAACCUCGAUGGGGUUUCAAUGGACGACAUCGACCUUAUGCGUGAGGCAAUGGCCAACGAACUCAUCUCAAUAAUUGCAUCUGCUCCUGAGAAUUCGACGUCUUCAGCUACUGCUUCUUCGUUGAAUAGUACGAUGGAAGUUAAAACAUCAGACGUUCAAGGAGUCACGGACUCCCAAUCCACUUCGUUUGACCCGACUGUCCCAUCUACAUCUAGUGGGAUUACGGAAAACCGCCGAAUUCGUCGUAAGUCGGACUUAAUUGACGACAAAAUUGAAGGAAAUGAUGCCAAGAAAUACAAGAAGAACGAGGUGACUAAACUCUAA